AGCUCCAUUGAGAAGGGGACAAAGAGAGGAAGAGGAGAGGUUCAUAGGUAAUUUUGGUUGUAGUAGUGAUGGGGAGGGCUCCUUGCUGCCCUAAGGAGGGACUAAACAGAGGAGCUUGGACUGCCAUGGAGGACAAGAUUCUGGUGGACUACGUUGCCGCCCAUGGCGAAGGCAAGUGGGGCAACAUCCCGAGGGUAUCCGGAUUGAGGAGAUGCGGGAAGAGUUGUCGAUUGAGGUGGCUCAAUUAUCUGAGACCCGAUAUCAAGAGAGGCAACAUUUCCCCCGAGGAAGAGGAUCUCAUCAUUCGGCUCCACAAGCUUUUGGGCAACAGAUGGUCGCUGAUUGCCGGAAGACUCCCAGGGCGAACAGACAAUGAAAUUAAAAAUUACUGGAACACGGUAUUAAAGAAGAAGUUGAAGAGCAAAGAGCAGUCGAAGGGUGACUCCGGUCGUGAUAAAAGCUCUCAGACGACCAAACUGAUGCCCAGCAAGAACUCGAAUGUAGGCAACUCCAUUGUGAGACAACUGAAACCCGCAAGGACUGCGAGGACAGUCUCUACUGCCCCGAGCUCAGAGCCACAGAAUGAUGUUUAUCGUGUUAUAGACUAUAGACCGGGAUGUCCCGAGCUGUCAACCGAAGGCGAUAAUGGAGCAAAACCGGGUGGUGGCUCGCUGGCAACCACUGCAUCUGAAGAGGAAAACGAGCUAGAGAACCUGGCGAUGGACUUCGAGUUUUUGGCCUCCGAUUUCUCCGAGUCCGAAUUUUGGAAAUUGUGCCAACUUGAGAGCGACGACAUCGACCAGCAGCCGCUUCUUUUCUCUGAAGAAUUGCUGAAGAGCUGGACGGACGAUGGCUGCUUUCAAUUACAAGCCUAACUUCAAAAGACAUCAUCAAAUCAUGUGGGUCCCACGUGACAUUGAUUCGAUAAUUAACACUAAUUGAUGUACCGAUUUAAAGUCUAGGAAAUAAUUGGAUUUUGACAUGUAAGGCACUUUGUGGGUGAUUAUACUUUUAAUAAUUGUGGGUCGAAAAAUAAUCAAGCAUGCAAUGAUUUAUUAAGUGGACUUAUAAGAUAGAAAAAAGUCAGCAUGACAAUCUGGUGGUGGUGCGAGUGUGAACAUCGACGUAAUGGACGUUUCCAUCAUGUGAUUCGUAACGCAAUAUUGUUGUUUGUCUUCACUUUCCUUGUCUGUGAUUGCGGUCUUGUCUUGUUCUAAUAAGAAAUAAAUAAAGCAUUUCUUUUUUUUCGGUAGAAAGAAAUAAA